UGGAGCUGGAGUCUGAGCCGGCGGUUGCAGUGGAAGCGGUGAUGUCGGUGCAGGUCGUGUCAGUAGCGGCUGCCGCGAAAGUGCCUGAGGUGGACCUGAAGGACCUGAGCCCUUCCGAGGCGGAGCCGCAACUGGGACUGAGCACGGCGGCCGUGAGCACCAUGGCCCCCCCGGCGGGCGGCGGGGACCCCGAGGCUCCAGCUCCAGCUCCAGCCGCGGAGCGGCCCCCAGCCCCUGGCCCCGGCUCCGGGCCCACAGCUGCCCUCAGCCCUGCCGCUGGGAAAGUGCCUCAGGCGUCGGCCAUGAAGCGGAGCGACCCUCAUCACCAGCAUCAGCGGCACCGCGACGGCGGCGAGGCCCUGCUCAGCCCCGACGGCACCGUUACCGAGGCGCCGCGCACGGUCAAGAAGCAGAUCCAGUUUGCCGACCAGAAGCAAGAAUUCAACAAACGUUCCACCAAAAUUGGACGUCGCUCUCUGUCUCGUUCCAUUUCUCAGUCAUCUACUGACAGCUACAGCUCAGCGGCAUCAUAUACAGAUAGCUCUGACGAUGAGGCAUCUCCCAGGGACAAGCAACAAAAGAACUCUAAGGGAAGCAGUGACUUCUGUGUCAAGAACAUCAAACAGGCAGAGUUUGGAAGAAGAGAAAUUGAAAUUGCUGAACAAGAAAUGCCAGCACUGAUGGCUCUGAGGAAGAGAGCACAAGGAGAAAAACCUUUGGCUGGAGCCAAAAUCGUGGGCUGCACACACAUCACUGCUCAGACUGCUGUGCUUAUGGAAACUCUGGGUGCUCUGGGGGCACAAUGUCGAUGGGCCGCCUGCAACAUCUACUCCACUCUCAAUGAAGUGGCUGCUGCUUUAGCAGAAAAUGGAUUUCCUGUCUUUGCCUGGAAAGGAGAGUCCGAAGAUGACUUUUGGUGGUGCAUUGAUAGAUGUGUGAAUGUGGAAGGCUGGCAGCCAAACAUGAUCUUGGAUGAUGGAGGGGAUCUAACUCACUGGAUUUAUAAGAAGUAUCCCAACAUGUUUAAGAAAAUCAAGGGCAUAGUAGAAGAGAGUGUAACUGGAGUUCAUAGGCUGUACCAGCUAUCCAAAGCUGGGAAACUAUGUGUUCCAGCCAUGAAUGUCAAUGACUCAGUCACCAAACAGAAAUUUGACAACCUCUACUGUUGCCGUGAAUCAAUUCUUGAUGGACUUAAAAGAACAACAGACAUGAUGUUUGGUGGAAAACAGGUGGUGGUCUGUGGCUAUGGAGAGGUGGGGAAGGGAUGCUGUGCUGCCUUGAAAGCCAUGGGCUCCAUUGUGUAUGUGACUGAGAUUGACCCCAUCUGUGCUCUUCAAGCCUGUAUGGAUGGAUUUCGACUGGUGAAAUUGAAUGAGGUCAUCCGACAAGUGGAUAUUGUUAUUACCUGUACAGGUAACAAGAAUGUGGUAACCAGAGAGCACUUAGACCGCAUGAAGAAUAGCUGCAUUGUUUGUAACAUGGGACAUUCCAACACGGAGAUUGAUGUGGCAAGUCUGCGGACACCAGAACUGACCUGGGAGCGAGUGAGAUCCCAAGUUGACCAUGUAAUAUGGCCUGAUGGCAAGAGGAUAAUAUUGCUGGCAGAGGGCCGUCUGCUGAACCUAAGCUGCUCCACAGUGCCUACAUUUGUGCUCUCAAUUACCGCUACUACUCAGGCUCUUGCCUUGAUAGAGCUUUACAAUGCUCCUGAGGGUCGCUAUAAGCAGGAUGUCUACUUGUUGCCCAAGAAAAUGGAUGAGUAUGUGGCCAGCCUACACCUGCCCACCUUUGAUGCCCACCUGACAGAGCUGACAGAUGAACAGGCCAAGUAUCUGGGACUCAACAAGAAUGGGCCCUUCAAGCCUAAUUAUUACAGGUAUUAAGUUCCUGUAACUCAAGCCAGAAGAAGUUUUAAGGAAUAGAACUACACUCCUAUACAGGAAAGAACCCAGCAAGCUGCUUCUCCAAUCAGCUGCUCGCCGUGCUCACCCUAUAUGUUAGGUUAUUUAUUUAUUAAAAUCUAGAAUCCUGUGCCUGUCACCUUGGCCCAGAGUGGUUACUGCCCUGAGGGCUAUGAGAGUCGCAGAAGACAGGCUGGGGAAUGAAAGAAAUGGGGUAACCAUUCCCAGUGUAUCUUUUGCAUUAUUCCCCAUUGACUAAAGCCUUAGCAGUGGUCAUUUUUCUCUUGACCAGGCUCAGGAGUUAGUCCAGGGAUUCCAGACUCCUUGUUUCCUGGAAUAAAAUUUCAAUAGCUGCCUUUCUCAGCUUUUGUUCAUCCCAAGUAAGGCCUUUUGGAAGCCACUGAAUUAACAUGGCCUGGGUUCCCAGCCCUGACCAUCGCUGUCACUGCCUUCUUUAUAAAAUGAUGAGAAAGAAGGAUUAUAAUGGCUUUGGCAAGCUACACCAAGAACUCAGCUGUGCCUGUGCUUACUGGGAGUCUCCUUUACCCAGGACUCCUGUCUUCUCCUUAAAUAUUUAUGUCUAUUUUAACACUUUCUGGUUCCAAGAGGAAUGUGUCUCCAUUAUUUCCUCAGCAGCUCUGAUAUUUGUCAGACAUUUGUUUUGCUGUCUUUCUACCCAAUUAACCUCUGCUCAGGAAGUGGGGAGCAGCCCGACUGGGACCCAUAGUUUUACUUCUUUGUUGUUGAACUGGAUAGUUUCCCAGGAAGCUCCCUCCAAACUGACACUGUCUCAGAAAUGUGAAACAUUGCUUCCUGAAACUUCCUCUUACUGCCUAAAACUACUUCUGAAACUGAGCAAGGAAAGGCAUACUUUCCAAGGGAUUUGGGGUGUAUGUCUUCGGAAAUGGGACAGGUCUAUUAGGCCCACAGCUUGACACCCUAAAGAAGCAGAAUGUGUUUGUCUCCUAGGAAGGUCUUUGCAGCUUAAUUGGCUAAACUGUACAGAGAUGACACUACAGAGUGUGUUCAGAUGAUCAAAGCUGGUUUGACUAGGUUGUACUUCAUCAGACAUUCAGCCAUUGAUGAAACUGAAAUCUAAUGUCUCUGCAAUUUGGUCUGUGGUAUUUCUUCUCUGUUGGGAUAUCUUUUUAUGUUCUGGUUUUUUCCACCUUAGGAGUCUGUAUUUCAGAAGUCGUUUCUUGAGUAACUCCAACAAUACAAACAAUUAGGAAUGUGAGCAGCCUGAUAUUUUAUGUCCCACCUAAGAGUUUGAUUUAUUUUAGAGACAGACCUGUUGGUUUUAGGGUUCCAUUGGAACCAGAUUGGUUCUAAGAGUUAAAAUCUAGAGUGGCCCUACAAAUCUUGAAUGAAAUGAGUCCCCCUUUCCCUUCCCAGCCCUAAUUAUACUCUCAGGUUUGUUUGUUUUCCUAUUUUUUCCUAUUCUCAUCUGCCUCAAACUCUCAAGACCAAGGUGACUCAAGAGAACACCAGACCACCCAUGAUCACUAUAACCUUCCCACUCUAAUCUUUCUCCCCAACCUGCACCUUCUCCAACUUACCCUGGUCUUCACAUAUACCCUCAGAGCUAGUCUGGAAGUUAUCUUCCUUUUGAAGGUAGGGAGAUGGACCUUAGAUAAAUGGCAAUUUGCCUCAUUAAAUACUAUAUAGGCUGGGCCCAUAGAGUCUGAUUCCUCAGAGACCAUAUGUCUUAGCAAGUACUGGAAAAAGGCCACAUACAUGGCUCUGUUCUUUCAUGAAGAUCACAAAUGCUAAAAAUUCCACUAGGCCAUUUAAUUUUUUCAUUUGUCUACCCAGUUCUGAUUUUUGUAUUCAUUGGAUACCUUUUGCCAAAGAUCCAGAUCUUUGUACUUUAUUGUACAUCCAGAGAAAAUUCCAUUAGGCAGAUAUCUGGACUCUAGCAUAUUAUGUUCUUAGGCCAAGCAUCAUAACCUGCUGUUUCUCAGCAAAGCCUGGCUCUCUAUGGAGCUCUCUGAUCCUGGCACUGAUCCUGACAGAGCAUACUCUGCCUUGCUAUGGUGAAGAAACCCAUUCCAAAUGAAAAAGGAGCCACACUGGGCUUCUGGGUUAGGUUGCCAGUGUUGCUGCCCAUAGUGAAGUGUCUGUCUCUGAGUUGCAGAUAACUUUUCCUUUCUCUCUGGGGAUCCUGUGUUAUCAAUCAUUAAGAAGAAGGAGGCACAGGCCUCCUGAGAAUUUUGUUUCUACCUUAAGUGUUGGAAUUUGGUCAUUAUUCCCUCUGCCCUUAGAAUCAGAGCAAGUGUGACUUCUUCCCUCAAGCUCUCACCUUAGAUGCAUCCUAGGUAUCUGGAAGCAUGAGAGAGAAGACUAAUUAUCUCUGUAUGUGGCCCAGCCCUGUGGGAAUACUUACCACUUUCCCGAUGAUGAAUUUGUGCUAGUUUUCAAGGUCCUUUUUUUUUUUUUUU